GUCUUUUGCGCUUGUUUAUAUUUUUUGGAUUUAAAAAGCCCCUUAAAAUUACAUACAGAUUUUUUAUUGUCUCUAUUUAUAAACAUACUGUAAAUAAAAUUGUCCACUCGAUAGUACUCACACGCUAUAUCAGGGAAGAUGUUUUCGAUACUACACACUAUGAUCUGACCCGUGAAACAGAUUAGAUACAGGUCUAUAUAAACAAUGUAUAAUUAUAUGAUUCGUUAUAUUAACGGCUGCGAGGUUAUGUUUGACUCUCAGUACAUAUUUGCCAAGACAUUAGACAUUAAAAAUGUGGCUUCAAAGAACCCUCAUAACUUUAGUACUACUGACAAUGCAAACUGCACACAACGGUGACGCGAAACCAGCUGAGGAAGAAUGCAACAGCAUAUCAUCAUGUUCUUCAUGUUUAUCAAAAAGUUUCUGCGUUUGGUGUGUAAAUAAAGGCAAAUGUACGAGGCAGUCCUGCGGAAGCGAUAACCACAUUCAUCCGAAAAAUGUAGCCGACGCUCUCAUGUCGGGGCCAAAAUUUUGUCCCAGAGUCGUUGAAUCAGAAAAACAAAUGACAUUCGCCAGCGGAAAAAAAGCAACAAUUGUAGUGAAAAUAACACAGAUACAUAUCUAUAUGGCUUUUACACCGUGGAAAUGUAAAAUUGACGUGAACGGCAAAGAGACUGAGGUCAAUGCCCUUCUGGUUGAUGACGAAGUGUAUUGCGAAAGUGUCGAACUAAUCAACGAUACUGACAGUCCAUUUGUUAUUGGAUACGUUCAAGUGUUAUGGGAAUAUAUUAAUGCGUUUGAUGGAUUACAAACUUUUAGACUGUGCAGUUGCGAUUUAGAUCCGAACUGUGGCGCCUGUAAUAGCUGACAUUGAAAAGAAAGCCAAAGCCAAGAAAAAAACAAAAAAACCAAGUACCUGUUUUAAAUUAAAAUUUGGAAUGAAAAUUAUUAACCAUAAAUUAUUUCUUUGAACAUUAUCCUUAU